GUGAAAACUAUCUGGUAUAACAUGAGACAGGAACCUGUUAUCUAUGUUAACGGAAUACCCUACGCGCCCAGAAACCCAGAGAAGAUGCAUGAGAACCUGGAGCUAAAUGAACCUGUUUAUAAUCUAGGAUGCAUGAGAACCUGGAGCUAAAUGAACCUGUUUAUAAUCUAGGAUGCAUGAGAACCUGGAGCUAAAUGAACCUGUUUAUAAUCUAGGAUGCAUGAGAACCUGGAGCUAAAUGAACCUGUUUAUAAUCUAGGAUGCAUGAGAACCUGGAGCUAAAUGAACCUGUUUAUAAUCUAGGAUGCAUGAGAACCUGGAGCUAAAUGAACCUGUUUAUAAUCUAGGAUGCA